AUGCCAGUGCCCCUGCACAGAGGAGGUGCCCCUGCACAGAUUGUCCCAGCCAGGCUAGUGUCCCUGCUGCAGAGGGAGGAGUUCUUCCGAGCAUCAGGCCUCAUUCCUGAAGAGAGAGAGGACAUCCUCCUCACAGCCAGUGUCCCUGCACAGAGGGAGGGGAUUCUUCCAGCAGCUACUGUCACUAUGCGAAAGGGGAAGAUCCUCCGAGCAUCAGGCCUCAUUCCUGCACAAAAGGAGUUGAUCCACCUGAUGGCCAGUGUCACUGCGCAGAGGAAGGGAAUUGUCCCAAUGGUCAGCGUCCCUGCACACAGGGAGGGGAUCGUCCCAAAGGCUAGUGUCCCUGCUGAGAUGUUGGAGAUCCUCCGAGCAUCAGGCCUCAUCCCGCCACAGAGGGAGGGGAAUGUCCGAACAGCCAGUGUCCCAGCACAGAGGGAUGGGAUUCUCUCAGCAGCCAGCAUCCCUGCACAGAGGGAGUUGAUCCACCUGAUGGCCAGUGUCACUGCGCAGAGGAAGGGAAUCUUCCCAAAGGCCAGCGUCCCUGCGCACAGGGAGGGGAUCGUCCCAAAGGCUAGUGUCCCUGCAGAGAGGGAGGAGAUCCUCCUCACAGCCAGUGUCCCUGUGAAGAAUGAAAACAAUCAUCCACAACCACCUCCCAUCAUCCCCAUGGUGGCACCACUGUGGAAAUGGGAUGGUGGAGCGUGUACUCCACCUGUGGAUUUCUAUUCCAAGAGAAGAGAUGUCCGACUUAGAUAUGUUGAGCAUCCUGCUAUGAUGUCCAUCACCAAGCCGGAACACUCCGAGGCCAAGCCUCAGUGCGAGACUGGCAGCCGGCCGGUGGCUGAGCCCGAGACCCCUGCUGUUCACAAUAACAGUGGAGGCUGGCUCAGCUGGGUCUUUGGGAGUGGAAGAGCUAAUAAGAAGGAGGUUCAUCUACCUGAGGACAAAGACAGAUCUAUUGUCUGGGAUCCAACUCUGCACAGAUGGGUUAACAAAACUGAGCCCAAGGCUGAGAAGAAGUGUGUACCACCACCUCCACCGAUGGGGACACAUGGAAAUCAGGGGAACACUGGCAGUGUCCCCAAAGGAGUGAAUCCCUACUCUAUGAAAGCAGAAGAAAGACCCAAACCUCACUCUGCCUCAGGAGAAGCCAAACAACAUCAGAAAACCAAAGCCAAGAAACCGAUCAACUGCUCUCAAUGUGGGAAGAAAUUUGUAUGUUUCUCAUUCCUGAAAAGACACGAGCUUGUACAUACAGGAGAGAAGCCAUACCCCUGCUCCCAGUGUGGGAAGAGAUUCAGUGGUUUAUCAGGCCUGCAUGUACACAAGCGUAUACAUACAGGAGACAGCCCUUACCCCUGCUCGGACUGUGGAAAGAGUUUCAAAACAUCAAUUGGAUUAAAAAUCCACAACAGAGUUCAUACGGGAGAAAAACCUUACCACUGCUCUGACUGCAAUAAGAGCUUCUCUCAAGCAGGAAAUAUGGCGAAGCAUCAGAGAGUACAUACUGGAGAGAAACCAUAUUACUGUUCUGACUGUGGGCAUAGAUUUUCUCGAUUAGCACAUUUAACAAGACACCAGCAGAUACAUACUAGGGAGAAACAUUAUCACUGCACUGAAUGUGGGAAAAAUUUCAGUGCUCUUAAAUCACAUCAGAUGUUACAUACAGGAGAGAAGACGUAUGGCUGCUCUGACUGUGGGAAAAGGUGUGUUACCUCAGGAAGCCUAAUCAGUCACAAGCGCAUACACACUGGAGAAAAACCUUAUCACUGUUCUUACUGUGACAAGAAAUUUGCACACCGCAAUUCCUUAGCAGCACACAAGCAGUUGCACACAGGAGAAAAACCUUAUCACUGUCCUGACUGUGGGAAAUCAUUCUCUCGGCUCAGUAACCUAAAAAGACACCAGCAUGUACACAGGUGA